CGCUGAGCCCCGACUGCCGACACCAUGAGCUGCUCCCAGAGAUCUUCCAGCUGCCUGCGAGGGGGCAGCGGGGGCAGCCAGCACAGCUCUGCAGCAGCACACAGAUACACCGCGUCCAGGGCGGGCGGGCGGCCCGCUGGGGGCAGCUGCAGCGGGGGCAGCUCCAGGAGCAGCUGCGGGGCGGCGAGCUUUGGGAGGAUGAGGCGCAGCAGCUACGGAGGGGGAAUGAGCGGCGGAACGGGGGGCAGCUCCUAUGCAGGGGGAUGGAGUGCAGGCAGCUACGGAGGGACGAUGCGCUGCGGUGGCAUGGGAGGCGGCUUUGGGGCAGGAGGGAGCGGGUUUGGCGCUGGGUACGGAGGGAGCUUUGGCUUGGGCGAUGCUGGGUUCAGCGCUGGUAGCUUUGGUGGCGGUGGCUUUGGUGGAGAGAACAUGGGAAUUCUGUCCAACGAUGAAAAGCUGACCAUGCAGAACCUUAAUGACCGCUUGGCUUCAUACCUGGACAAGGUCAGAAGUCUGGAAAAAGAAAAUGCUCGGCUCGAGCAAUUGAUCAGGGAGUGGUACCAGAAGCAAGGUCCUGCAGGAAGAAAGGACUACAGCCACUACUACACCACAAUUGAAGACCUUCAAAAUCAGGUAGGGGGCCCUGUCACAGACACUUGCACAUCUGGUAGACCUUUUGCAACAGGGGCACCAGCACGGAUACUUCUGUGCUCACCAACUGCUGCUCUGAAGGCACCUCGUGUGCCUCAACUCCACCUUCCGCGCACACAUCUGACUACCGACCAUGAGAAGAGAAGCAAUGCACCCUCUGCAGUGCACCCCCGGGCACUCAGCUGGCAGUGAGAUCAGACCCUCAGAGUGCCUGCAGCAGAUUUCAGAGCAUAGGAAAAGCGUCAGUGCUGGCCUCCAGGCUGGGCAGUGUCCGACGUUCGGUUCGUCCUCAUGGGCUCACAGAGAGCACAGCGACAGCCCCAGGCCUUGCAGGGCUCCUUCCUCCCUGCUUGCAUUCCACAAAUGCGUCUUUUGCAGUUCUGAUGCUAUUUUCAUAGUGGCAUCUCUUUGCACUGUAGAUGGCCUUCUCAGGCCUCUCCGUGUAGGAGCUGCUGCUCCUCUCAUUCACCUACACUACAAUGGGAAGAUCACAUUCCAAUGUGUCCCUCCUGUAAGUCUGAGAGGCUCACAGUGAAAGCUCUCCUCAGCCCAUCAUCUUCUCUUCUAGAUUCUGACUGCGACUUUGGAGACCAACAAAGUACUUUUGGACCUGGAUAACACAAGGAUGACUGCAGAAGACUUCAGGACAAAGUAAGUACAUAUCUCCCAU